GGGGAAUUCCCAGACGUGUCUCUAGAGCUCAGAACAAAUAUUAAUUUCAUCACACAUUGACACUCAUUCUGCUCGGGGAGCCGGAAAGAACAACCGUCUGUGUCGAGAUAACGCAAUAUGGACGCUCAUCUGCCGCCCUUGCUGGGGGACAACCAACAUACAAUGGCUGUACCAGAGGUCCAGAUCUUUGAGCAGCCCAAGCAGAGAGGCAUGCGCUUCAGGUACAAGUGUGAGGGUCGCUCCGCUGGAAGCAUCCCCGGGGAGCGGAGUUUUGACAACAACAGGACCUACCCAAGUAUCCAGAUCCUGAAUUACUGUGGUAAGGGGAAGGUGCGUGUUUCCUUGGUGACCAAGAGUGAGCCCUACCGGCCCCACCCCCACGACCUGGUGGGAAAGGACUGCAAGGAAGGGUACUACGAGGCGGAGUUCGGGCCGGAGCGCAGGGUCAUUGCCUUCCAGAACCUGGGCAUCCAGUGUGUGAGGAGGAGGGAGGUGAAGGAGGCCAUCAUGCAGCGAAUCACCAGAGGAAUCAACCCUUUUCAUGUGCCCAAGGAGCAGCUUGUGCAGACCGAGGAGUAUGACCUGAACGUGGUGCGUCUCUGCAUCGAGGUGUUCCUCCAGGACCAGAGCGGACAUUACUCCAUCAAGCCCCUCGUCACCAACCCCAUCUACGACAACCGUGCCCCAAAUACGGCUGAGUUGAGGAUCUGUCGAGUCAACAGGAACAGUGGUGCCGUUAGGGGAGGAGAUGAGAUCUUCUUGCUGUGUGACAAAGUUCAAAAAGACGACAUCGAGGUUCGCUUCUUCACCAAAGAAGGCUGGGAGGCCAGGGGCACCUUCUCCCAGGCGGACGUCCACCGGCAGGUGGCCAUCGUCUUCAAGAGCCCCCCCUACUACGACGCCACCAUCACCAAUCCCGUGGUCGUGCAGAUGCAGCUGCGCCGGCCCACUGACCAGGAAGUGAGCGAGGCCAUCAACUUCCAUUACCAGCCCGACGACAAAGAUCCGUAUGGUUAUAACGAGAAGAAGCGGAGAUUGGAGCAUAAUUUCCAAAUGAAGAAGUCUGAUCCGUCAGCUGGUUCCCUGACUGGUUUGACAGCCAACCGGCAAAAACUAGUACCAUUUAGCGCCAUGAUGGGCCACAGAAAAGACAACAAUCCAAUUCCGAGGAGCCUCGCAUCGGCAAUGCACCAAACCUCUGUAGCACUUAACACGGCCUUCAACCUUGCCCCUCCACGCACCUCCGGGUUGCCAUUUCCUCAGCCCGCUGGUGUUUCACACACCCAAUCGUGGCGAAGCCCCAACCCAGCAUUCUCCAUGGACACCAUCAGGGCCCACCCACUUUGCACCAUGAGCCCUGCAGGGCACAACGUUAGGCCGCAGCAGCCUAAUGCUGCCUCUGGUUACCCUGCUGGCACCAACCUCUUACCCGAGCUUUCCGUGAAGGACUUGCUGUGCUUGGAUCCGGAACUCCAUGGUUCGAUAUGCCAGGCACUACACCAGCCCCAGCAUUAUAUCUUUCAGCCGCCACAGCAGCAGCAGCAGCAACAACAACAGCAGCAGCAGCAGCAACAACCGCAGCAGCAGCAACAGCAGCAGCCGCAGCAACAUCAGCAUCAACAACUUCAACAACACAGGGUGGAGUGCGGCACGGAGACCACAGGCCAGAGCAUUCCCGGUGCCCAGAGCCAUGGUCUCCAGCCUGCAUGGUCUGGUGUUGCUUCCCCUAGCCCCAUGGAGGGCACCUUGAAUGGGCCAGGAGAUGGCAUGGGCAACCCAGGGCUCGGUAGUUUUCCCCUCUUGGAGGGGAUUGAGGGAGAUGAUUUUAUCAAGGGUCUGAUGGCCGGAUGGCCUCAUAAUGGUUUCCAGGUGAAACAGGAACAGGUUGCUGGUGGACAGGACAACCGUGCUCCUUUCAUACAACCCACGAUGGAAAGUCAGGGUAUCACUUACACUGACCUGCUUCCAAGGCCCAUGAACAAUGGCAUCAGCAGCGAAUCAAUGGCACAAGACGGCGGCAAUAGCUGCAAACAUCCUAAUCCAAACAGCCGCAUCUCCCAACAAGGCUACUUCUCCUCUCUGGCUGACUGGGUCAAUCAGACCAAUGACACGACCAAGUGACUGACCAAAAUAACUUGGGGACAAUUGAGGAUGAACAAAAUGCAAUGCCUCAUUUGAGUUGCUCAUUUGGAGGCUGAUGAGUUUUUUUCAUGUAUGCAGUUAGCUCUUAUGGUAGACCAAGGUUUUCCAAUCUCAUAUUAGCACUGGUAUCUUUUCAAUACAAAUCUACUGCUGUCUGAGUGUCCUCUGGGUACUGGUAGCAUAUAGGUGGGUGUGUUCUCAUAGGAGGGAGAGUUGGAUGGAUGUAAAAACAUGUCUCUAACAUCAGCCAGCUAAACGGUAAACAAUUGGUAUUGGUCCCUUUUGGAUAGUGUUUCGUCAUUGUUUUACCACCAGUUAUAUCAACAACGCAUUGGGUAAAUGUUAUGUGUUUGUAUAUAUGCUGUAUAUUUCUGCAACACUCAGGCUGUAAGCGGCCAUCUUGCCGACGUGCUCGAAACACGGCAAGUUAGGGAAAUUUCCAAUGAGGAAGUGGGAGAAAUCACAGUCACCAGCGGCACUGUGACGUAUUUCCUUUGUAAUGACUAUGUCAUACCACUGUGCUCGUAGCGAUCCUAUGAAAGUCAACAGAGUAUUGGGUUGUGAACCCUUUACAAUACACCUCUUGUUUUGUUUGCCCUUUACCUUGUUCUUACACUAUCUGUGGGCAUCUGAUGGAGACUGUGUGGCUUUUCCAGGACCGUGGGGGCAGGGCGGAGCUAUGAACAGACUCGGAUUGUGUUUAGCUUAGUAAAUUGAUCUCUCACGCCAUUGGUCAGUGUACGGCUGCUCAACAAUCUCCUUUCAAUUGUUUAGAAAAAAAGGUACAUAAUACUCUGCUUAGCUUUUAGUGGGCAUACAUAUAAAUCGCACAUUCCUAUGUAUUGCACUUAUUUCAAGACAAAAUGUUGGUAGAAUGGGACCUUUUUGACACAAUAAAUGUUAAAUGACUAAUUCCAGUAGUUCCUGUUAUUUUCUUGUCUCUGUGUUGCUAUGCGUCGAUCCAUGGUAGCGUACAACCUUGUCUUGACCUAUUCACAGAGUAUGUCCUUGGAUAACACUAGAGCACUAUGUAACUGGGUGUCUAUCAUCAAUUAUAGCUCUAUAAAAGAACAGGGGGGGGUGAGAUGUUGCUAUUUUAUCACCAGGUGUGAGCUAGCAUUACAAGCCUGUUUUAAAUCUGCCAUUCCAUGUGCGUUAGUGACAUCACACAUCACAAGUGGGAGUGUCCGCCUAGAUAUAUACCUAGAAUCAGUCAACUAGCCUAACCAGUGGACAGUUGCAAAUGUUGCUUACCUAUCAUUCCUAAAGAUGGACACUCAUUACAAGUUACAAACUUCUUGUAAUGGCUUAUCAAGCUCACACCUGGUGGUAAAACAAGGGCCCUUUAAUGGAGCUUCAAGAACUUUGCUUUUUUUUACUUUUCCUUUACUAUUUAGUGUUCUAUUGCAUUGUAAUAACAUUGCAAAAUGGUUGACAAACUAUGGGGAAGCAGGGUGGCAUGGGGAACAUGGGACAUCUAGUCUCCAGGAGUCCCACAUGCUACAGCAGAAGACCAAAAACUGGAAAUGGGAGAGUAAUGCCAUACUUUCUGUUUCAUUAGGCCAAUAUUUUGCUGAAGAGAAACUACUUUAGUGGAUUUAGUUUUCGGAAGGGGAUUUUAAUAAUGAUAUUCCUCAGCGGCCAGCCUACACAGUGUUCAUUAAUAACAUCCAACAGACAUCCACCAAACAGGAUGUUUUUGCUUAUCUUCCUACUGGAAAGAGUUUACUACUGCUGGCUGAUUUUGUGUUUGUAGUUAGUCAAUUACACGCUUACAGAUCCGCGCCUCCACUAACAUGAUUGUUCCAAUUCAAAUUUAACCCAGUGUGCCGGAGUCAGAUUAGUGAGCCAAUGGCGUUCAAAUAGCCACAUUUUAGGAUAAUCAUUAUAAAAUAUAAAAAUAUUCCUAGAUUUAGAAAAUGUGUUUGACAGUGUGGACCAGGAGUUGGUUUGGAAACCUAUAUGGUGCACAAUUGCAUCCCGGCGGGAUUCCAUAGUGCCCUAGUGCUAUCGGUGUUACUGAACAGA